CGUACAUAAAGAAAAGCCUCAUUCAUCGAGAAAAAGCAUUUUUUCUGUGUAAUCUAUUGGUUUGAUCUUUGGUGAUUUCGAACUUCCAAAUAGCAUUGAUGCUUCCGCUUUGGUUCUCCAUAUUGCUUGCCACAGCAUCAGCGCAGUUGCUUACAACAGAUAAGAAAUCUGAAAAUCAACUGACAGUUGUUUGUGCCAACCAAUCAUCGGACCAAGAAAUGAACAAUUUGAGACAGCAGUUGAAUCAAGAAACUACAAUAAGAUUGUCGCUUACCAGACAAAUGUAUUCCUUGGUGGAUGAUAUGAUAACAAUGAAAAAACACAUGGCGAAUUUGGAAGCCAAAGUACAAGAAAUGGAGAAGAAUGGUAGUGAUCUUCAACUUACGAAUAAAAGAUUGCAAAGUGAACUAGAUCAACAUUUGAGGAGGAACAAUACUGACAUUGAGAUGUCAAGGCUGAUUAGAAAGAUACAGAAUGACCUUCUUAAUUUGACUUCAACAGUGGACGCCGUUUGCAGUGACACCUAUACGGAUAAAACAGCCGUGGUAUUCAAUGCAGCCAUCAGCAAAACAUUAGAUCUGCAACGCAACACUCCAGUCAAUGUUGUGUAUGACACAGUUCUAUAUCAAACUGGCAACGCUUACAAUCCACGGAAUGGUUUUUUCACGGCGCCCUCUGAUGGUCUAUAUGUGUUUACGUGGGCAACAUUGGUUGUAGGCAAUAAGAUAUUUGAUGCAGAACUUUUAGUAAACGGCCAGAGAAAAGGCUUAGGAAACUGUAACAAUGAAGGCAAUCCUGGCAACGAAAACUGUGCAAACACCAUUCCCGUUGUUCUAGAAUUGGGAGAUGAAGUCAAUAUACGGACCACCACCGCAAAUUAUGCCUAUGGGUAUCAGUGGUCAAGCUUCAAAGGGUGGAAAGUUUGGUAAAACCAACAUAUUUGCAAUUGACGUUUGAGCUUGACUACUGUUCGUUAUCUUCAUAUUUCAUUUUAACUUUAACAAUGUAUUUAAAUAUAUAUUUUGCAUUGGUUAGAUAAUAUUUUGCAGACUGCGCUUUUCAAAUGAAAUUUUCUCGAGGAAAAUGUUAUUAAAGUGUUUUCUUUUUCAUGUUUUUCAUUUGUUUCCAUCAUUCAGAUUAUUUAUAAUGUUCGCUUCUUCUGGAAGAAAUACCGAGUUUGUCUUGAUUGUCUUUUUCCGCUAUUUAGCUGUUUCAAAUAAACGUACCUGAAGGUUGA